GUUUGUAUAUAAUUGUGUGCGAGAGUGAAUAGAUUGAAAUUGUGUAGACCCAAUUUCUUAUCGCCCAUCUUCUCAAUUUCAUCGUCUAAAAAUGAUUAAGGGGUCACUUAAAGUCAAAAACACCAACGAUAAAAACUCCGCCGGCGCCACCGUCGCCGUCAACGCCGGCAAUGUCAAACUCCGAGCUUCCAUGACUGAAGCCAUCAUUGUCAACGGCCCCUCUUUCAACGGCCUUGCUCUCUCUCUCGAAAAACCCGGUUCUUUCAUCAUCGAUUACAACGUCCCCAAAAAGGACCUUAGAUUUCAGUUUAUGAACUCGGUUAAGGUUGCGGAGAAAUCGAUAAACUUGAAUUACAUUCAUUUUAGAAAUGAUAACCGGACGAUACUUGAUGGGACUGUGGUGUUUGAUUCGGCUAAUAAGGUGUCUGUCAAUCAUGUGCUUGGUUCGGGAAAUGCUAAGUUGAAGUAUGUUUAUUUGCACCGUGGAUUGACUACGUUUGAGCCGAGUUAUGACGUGGCUAAGGAUUCGUGGGAUUUUGCGGUUUCGAGAAAGGUUCACGGAGAUGGUAUGGUUAGGGCUUCGUAUCAGACUUCGAAGAAUUUGUUAGGGCUUGACUGGACUAGGACGACUAAGCAAAAUGGAUCUUUUAAGAUUUCAGCUUCCUUCACAGUGGGAGAGCAAUUGAAAAUCCCGAACGUAAGCGCCGAGAGUUCAUGGGAUUUUGAAAUGUGACCGCUUAUUUGUUUAGGAAAUCAUGAAUAAGUGGAUUCUUAUCUGUGGGUCUCUGAGCCGUGGACCUGGUUCUUCUGCCCUUAUAACAGAGCCUGUUCCUGGUGGCCAUUUACUUUGUCCAGUUUAUUUUGGCAUAUGUACCAUUAUAAUUUCCAAAAUUAAACUUGUAAUUGUUAUAUUACAGAUUCUGAAAUUUUAAACACAAUUAUAUCA